AUGAUCGAGAAUCUACGCACAAAAUGUGAAGCUUAUGAGAUACAAAUAACAGAAUUGAAAAAUACUUUGUCGUCUUAUCAUCAGUCCAAACAUGAAAGCAUAACUGAAGAUAUGGCGUUAGUUCCCACAGAAAAAGUUGCAGGAACUCACAAUCUGUCAUCUAAUGAUGAUCAUGUAUCAAUCAUAAAUUCAUUGACAAAACAAGUUGACUCUUUAUCGGAAAAACUUAAAGAAUCGGAGACACAAAAUCAUCUUAUUUUAGCUAAUGCAGAUUCACUUAAAAAUGAACUUGCUGAACAACACGAAUUGCGAAAAAAGUUGCAAUCUGAAAUGGAAGCUUUCGAAGAAGAGAAUGAAUCACUGGUCAAACGUGCUUCAGAUGCUCAGUCAGCUAUCAAAUUUUGGGAAUCAGAAUACAAUAAAGUGCUGUCUGAAUUAACUCGAUUACGCGGAGAAUUAGCUUCAUAUCGUGAAUAUGUUACUCAAACAGACUUGGAGGAUGUUCACAAUGUAGUGCAUAAAAAGGAAACUGGACCUUUAGAGAAUGGUAUAAAGAAUUACAAUAUCUCCACCUCAUCACCAUCGUCGUCUUCCUCAUCUUCAUCUAAUUUAGUCAAUGGAAUACAGAAUUCUCAUCCUAACAAUCAUCCACAAGAUACCGACCUGCAGGAGCGCUUGAAUGAAAGUGAAACUAAAUUAAAGCGAGUUAUGGAGAAUCUUAUAGCAGUAAAAAAUGAAGCACAAAAUCUUAAAUUGGCUUGGCAAUCUGAACAGAAAGAAUGGGUGAAAGAACGUGAAUUAUUGGAAGAAAAAAUUAGGACAGCUAUUAACCAAAAGACUAUAGCAUUAGAAGAUGAACUCACCACCUUGAAAGCGAAUAAUGCUGAACUUGAAAGUAAUAUAGCUAACUGGGAACGUCAUUUGUUCGAGUUGAACCAGUGGGUUGAUGAUGAACGUGAAGCUAAAGAAAAACUCCAUAAUUUCACAGUGCGUUUAGUAUCUGAAUUAGAUGCACUGCGUACUUCAGGUUUAGUACAAGAUUAUAAUCAGGAUGGAGUAUACCGUAAUGGUUAUCAAUCGUGGAAUACACACUUCAAUAUAACAAAUGAUAUUAACUCUUUGACUUAUGACAGUCCUGCUCAAAGUGUAAUUGGUGAGAGUACAUUGGAUUGGCGUCAGCGUAAAUCUACAAAACUGAAUAAAAUGGAAAGAUGGAGUCAUGAAGUAGCUUUAAAUAAUGAAGUACGAGCUAGAGAACAGGCUGAACUUCGUUUGCAAGAAGUUGAAGCUCGUCUGAAAGAUAUGUAUGAUCAAACUAAUCAGAAGGAUGUAAAGAUUAAAGAACAAGAUCGUAUCAUUGAACACUUAAAUGACCAAUUGCUAGAACUUUCAAAUCAGGCUCGUCUGUGUCGUAUAAAUAAUGAUACAAUGAAUGAAGCAGUCAAUUUUAUACAGAAGACAAAUGUAGAGAAGAACUCAGUGGACAAUAACAGACGCUCUCUUCCCUUACUUGAUGUCAACAGCCCUUGUACAUCUACACCAGAUCAAAAAGGUUCAUGGACUACAAUAGAUACUUCUGGAGGCGCCUCUCAAGCAUCUGCUUCUACGCAUAAAUUUAUUUUUGCUACUUUUAUUCAACCAACCAAAUGUCAUGUUUGCGGCAGCUUGAUACUUGGUCAGAAAUGGCAAGGCGUUCAGUGUCAAGACUGUCAAUUGAAGUCUCAUCAUCAGUGUCGUCUAUCGGCACAUACAGUUUGUCCUGCGCCACCUUUACCGUCCAUGGAUGACAGUUGCAAUUUUGGUUCCGAUUUCGAAAGUGAUGUUAAGAUGCCUAAAUUGGGUGGAAUCAAGCGUGGCUGGUUGAAAUAUCGUAUGUAUUUAUCUGAUAAGCGUCUAUUCUUUUAUGAUGUCAUUUCUGAGUCACCGAAUAUGCAAGCUCUAAGUGGAAGCGCCAGUUCAUUAUCUCCGUCUUUUCAAAAUUUGCAUCGAUCAAAUAAUAACGUUUCCUUGAAUUCAUUAAAUGUAGGAACCAAUCUUGUGUUCCAAUCAAACAGUCCUGGUCGAAUUGUAGAUUUGCGUAGCUCAGGAUUCUCUGUAUCUCGUGUCACCGCAGCUGAUGUAAUACACGCGAAACACCAAGAUAUUCCAAAAAUAUUGAAGAUCAUUGUAGAUGAUUUUCUUCCAACUGCUCCAUUGUUUCUUCUAUUUGAGAAUUCUUCACUUUGCGAACGGUGGUUUAAACUAAUUCAGGAUGUAUUAAAACUUGUUCAACGCCAAAUUGAGACUGAUGGUGACUACCAGUGUUUACAAGUACGUGAUGUGUGCAUUUCUUCAUUAUCCACGAUACUCAAACAAAUCAAUUGUGCCUCAGUCUUAGAUGAGUACCGAUUCUUGGCUGGUACAGAUGAAGGUCUGUAUGUUGUUGAUAUUCGACAAAAUAUGAACAUGCGCGUAGGUGGACGUAAACCCGUGUUUCAAGUUGAAGCAUUAGCUGAAGAACUGCAACUUGUUGUCGCUAUCCAAGGCAAACAACGAUUUCUAAAAUUAAUACUGGUUGGAGCAUUUGAAGGAAUGAAUUUGAAACCGAUAAAGAUUACUGAACCCAAAUUAUGUACUCGAUUCACAUGUUCAAUGAGUCGAAAUAACACAGUUUGUUUAAUUUGUGUCGCAAGUAAUCGUUCAUUAUUUAUCUUCGAAAUUGCACGUGUACAAGGAAGGCAUAAACGUUUAAGAGAAAUUUCCUGUCCUUAUAUUGUUCAGUCUAUCAAUUUUGUUCGAGAUGGGGAUUGGAUAUGUGUUGGAUCAUCUAAUUAUUUUGCUCUAUAUAGUAUAUGGAAUGAUGGACCACCUCAAGUUUUAUUGCGUGGAGAUCUGAUUGAUCUGGACUCCAGCCUGAUAUUUUUUCAACAGUCACCAUCAGAUGCAUAUUUUGCUGUUCAGUUGGGUGAAGAUGAAUUUCUCUUGGCAUUCGAAAAUUGUGGCGUUUAUAUGAAUACAAAUCGUAAAAGAACACGACCUGAUAAUCUCAUGUGGCCUGCUAAACUGAUCUCUGGUUCUGCCAUCAGCUUUUCCUAUCCUUAUUUAUAUGUAUUUACGGAGGCUGGAUUAGUUGUUUUCAAUGCAAUCUCUGGUUGUUGGGUAUCUACACUUAGCUCUUGCCGCGUUCAACCACUGAAUAUGGAUGCUCAUUUAUGUCUUGUACAUCUGUCAUCGUUGUCUGCAUCAAGUCCGUCAUCUCGUAAAUCUGCAUACAACGGUAAUGCGGAUAGCCCAGGUAACAAUUUACUGGGUAAUUCUUCACCUGUUGCACCAUGUAUUUCACCAAGUGAUCUGAUUUCAGGACAACAACAGCAACAACCUUUGCGAUUGAUUCAUUUACCACAAACGUAUGACUGUAAAGAAUCCUCAAAACAACAGGUUUCCGCUCUACGUAGCAGGCGAUUACAAAUGCCUCAGUCCAGUAUAUUUGGUGUUACAGGGCGCAUGCGUAAAUCCAGUCGUUUCAAUCUUUACUCACUUGUGGAAGAUGGUUUACCGCGUACUGGUCAUGGAGUUAGUCCUGAAAGAUCACGGAAUUCUCGCUCUAAUUCACAAUAUCGAAAUGUUGCUUCAUCUGGACCAUCAUUAUUGCCAGCAAAUUCUUCAAACAGUACAUCAUCUCGUAUGUCACAUCUUAUUUCUGCUCCCUCAGACUUUCGUCAUAUUUCACACAUGGGCCCACAGAUUACAGGUGCUGCCUUCUUGGAUCUCACUUCUAAUCCAGGUGAACCACCUUUAACAGAAGCUGAACGAAUAGCAAAGUUUAAAUCUGUGGUGGAAGAGAAAUACGGCGUUUCCCCAACAUAUGGUAGUGAUGGCCAUUGUAGAGACUCCUCAACAAAUAUGAUCCCCAACAAUUCAUCUCAUCUGACUUCUGAUUCAAAUAAUCUACCAAGUGGUCUUAAUCAGAACGCCUCUUCAAACCAGAUUCGAGCCUUGACGAAAACUCAGUCUAGACAGUCUGCUCCGCUUACACACAGACUAAGUCUGAGUGGAUUAGAAUCCAAUGAAGACAAAAAUCAUGUGAUCACAAAUUUGGAUUUGAAACCUCCAUGUAACAUUGUACCCGGUCAGCCACAACGUGUUCGUUCAUCAUCUCUUCGUCCUAGUGUAAAAAAUUUACUUCUCAAUUUAGGUGAUAUGACCAAUAUAAGUUUAAAUAAUAAAAAUUCAAUGUUCAAAUCUGAGUCGAAAAGACGUGUUAGUGAUUCGACAACUUGUCAAAAUAAUAAAUUAUCUGUCGAGAAAAAUAGUGAAACAGUAACCACACCAACUGGUUUCCCAUCUCUUCAACUUUCGAAUUCACCAAGUAUUCAAGAUACAGUAAUGGCAUUAUUUUCUAAGCUUGCUAAUGAUGAUCCUUCAUGUUCUUGA